AUGCCCUCUAUGACGCUGCGGUUGAGAACACCCGGAAGCGGAAAGACCUUCCAGGCCACAUCGUCCAACGCAUCGAGGCCGCUGCCGAACAAUCUACCAAACACUUGCACUCCCAGACCAAAGAGGUCGAUCAGCUCGAAGCCACUAGAGCCGAAGAAGCCGCUAAUGAGCCUCGGCAGAGCUGAGCCGCCCAAUAUCCAAGAAACACAACAAGAUUUCACUGGUGCUAAUCAAGCUAUCUGUAAACUGAUCCAAUCCCUGCCUCAAUUAAUCCAAACUGCCUCUCGAGCCAUCAACUUGCACGACGAAGUAGCAAACGCAUUGAAAUCCGCUUGA